CCUUCCAACCAGUUCAAACCAAACAAGUCAUCUUUCCCCCCCAACUCAGACCGCGCGUCCUCCUCAUUUUUAUUUCGAUUAUUUUUUUUAUUUUUUACUUACUAACCCAAUUUUUUUGGGGGGUAGUUUUUGUUUGACUUUUCUUUUUCCGGGAGGUGCAGCUUUCUAACUCCACCGAGCUUUCUCAAAUGUAUAAAAUGGAGUAUUCUUACCUAAAUUCCUCUGCCUACGAGUCAUGUAUGGCCGGGAUGGACACGACGAGCUUGGCAUCGGCCUAUGCGGACUUCAGCUCGUGCAGUCAAGCCAGUGGGUUUCAGUACAAUCCCAUCAGGACCACUUUCGGGGCCACCUCCGGCUGUCCGUCCCUCACGCCGGGGUCUUGCAGCCUGGGGACCCUGCGGGACCACCAGAGCAGUCCGUACGCCGCAGUUCCCUACAAACUCUUCACGGAUCACGGCGGACUGAACGAGAAGAGGAAGCAGAGGCGCAUCCGGACCACGUUCACCAGCGCCCAGCUGAAGGAGCUGGAGCGGGUUUUUGCUGAAACGCACUACCCGGACAUCUACACCAGAGAGGAGCUGGCACUCAAAAUCGAUCUGACUGAAGCCAGAGUGCAGGUGUGGUUCCAAAACCGUCGCGCCAAGUUUCGCAAACAGGAGCGGGCAGCUGCAGCGGCCGUAGCGGCUGCCAAGAACAAUUCCGGAAAGAAGUGCGACCCCAGAGAUGAAGACAGCAAAGACAACAAAUCGACCGACCCCGACAGCACAGGAGGACCGGGCCCGAACCCCAUCCCCACCUCCAACUGCGGAGGACCGAGCCCCACCGGAGGCCAGGUCAACACCACCGGGAACGGACAGGUGGACCAAGUGAAGAACUCCGUGUCCACCGGCAUGGGGGUGACAGCGGCAAACCAGGGGUGGGCCACCGCCCCGGGGACCAUCACCUCCAUCCCGGACUCAUUGGGCGGGCCGUUCGCCAGCGUACUGUCGUCUUUGCAAAGACAGAACGGAGCCAAAGCUACAUUAGUAAAGACCAGCAUGUUCUAAUGAAGCUUCACAUCGAAAGGGGGGAGAAACAGAGAAGCUCCCCCAUCCUCCGGAGAGCGAAAAGCAAUUGCCCACGACAGACUUAAGGACACUAAAAAGCAGUGAAAAAGAAGAUGACAACUCUUGUUAUUUUAUUUUUAUGCCUUGCGCCGUUUCUUGUGGUCAGUCGACACAUUUGCUGUGAAAAUAUCCAUCUUGACAAGUCAUAUUGUCUGCUAAUAACAUCGUUUUCGUUUCAUUAAAACGAGUGCAAGUUGGGUGAAAUGUUUCCACGUGUUUCAUCUAAAGACUGAAAUCCUGAAAAAAAGGCAGAAGGCGUAUUAAUAUCAACAAAAUGAGACUUCUGCUGAGAUUCUUCACGCGUAAAACCAGAACAAGACAACAUCAAAGCAAAAAUGUUUAAGAAUCAAAAGACACAUUGAAAGGCUGAAUCCUCGAUGAAGUGACUUGUUAAGAUGAACAUUUUUUGGUUUUUUUUGGGCCAGGUUUAUGAGCAAACAGACGUCCGCGCGCUGCUUCAUGCCAUCAGUGCGCAGAGGAGCCUCGUUAAGUCACAUCACAUGUCAGAGUUCAACAGCUGCUUUGUUUGGUAAAGAGACGUUUAACAUCCACGGCUGAGGAUGCGCUCACGCGACCUGCUUCUCUGAUCUGUGCAGACACAAUAUGCUGUUUGGACAGCAGCCUCUUUACAGCUGUGUGUGUUUGUUUGUUUUUUUGUUUCCAGUGCUGCUGAGAGUUUAGUUUUUUUAAAUUAUCGAUAUAAACACAAUUAUUUCCUCGAGAAAAAAAAAGGCACAAACUACUGCAAUGUUCACCUCAGACAGGAAAUCUGUGUGUUUUGUGUGUCUUUCUACGGCAGUGUUUUUGUGGCUCAAUCUGUAUAGUGUUAAUACGUAUUAUUGUCUCCUAUAGUUGAACCAUAGGCCAUACUCCCUCGUAGAUCGAUCAUACAAGUCUUUUUGAUGUUUUACAAAAGUCCCUCGGAAGAAUUUAUUUUGGGUAAAAAAAAAGAAAAAAAAGGAGAGG